AUGUUGGAUACAGCGAGUAUCAUUGCUGUGAUCCUCGUCCCUAUCGUGCUGAUCGCUAUCAUGCUAGCGAUGUGGUACUGCCCCUUCCGGCACGUGAGCCACUCUCAUCCUGGCGAACCAGCUCCCAGCACUGCUACAGCGACCGUCGAAAGCAUACCCCUCCCAUCUGAGACUCCCUCGUACGAGCUCGAAGCGCAUCAAUCCUUUGGACUUUCGAGAAUUUCUGAGGAGGGAGGUCCCAGACCCCCUUUAUGCCACUACAAGACUGUGGGCAGUGAAGCUCAACGAAAUGGGUUUCAAUAUUUUUGA